GAGUUGAAGGCUUUGACUCACAAGAAACAGGACCUCCCUUCUCUGCUCAGGUCUGUGAGUCUACAUGCUUAUACAUAUAUUUCUAACAGUUUUCUUAUUUCAGAAAAUAGGAGUUAUAUGUUAAGUUAGGAAAGUUUUUUAACUAUUUACAUGCCAGUAAUUGUAGCUUACAUGUUUGAGUAGAAAUACUGAAGGCAAAUAGUGCUUUGCUUCUCUGAGGUUUGAUAUACUCUCUAUCACUAUAUCCGGUGUCCAUACCCAGGGCAGUCCUACUGAAGAGUGAGAAGUUAUGUUGCUGAGAUAAUAGGCCCUACCUCUUGAGGAAAGUAUAUUUUGGGGAUUAGAAGGCUGAAGUUUGAAUGAGAAUUAACACACAAAUGAAAUAAUCUUAUGAAGGAUCGUUUUACUUCAGAGGUAACACGACUUCACAUUCAUGAAGAGACAAGUGGUGUGCAUUUCAUUCAAUUAUCAUGUUCAUGUAUGAAUAGUGCCCAUUUUAAAGACCUGAGCACUAUAUAUUAAACAGCUACUCUAUGGGAAUACUUCUAGACAAUGGAAAUGUUGCAAUAUACACGUCUCAGAAAUUAUUUGAAUGCAGAUGUUACACCACUCAAUGUAACAAUAAAACAUGAUGAAAAUGGUAACAUUUUAUUGAUGGUGAUAGAAGUUUUACUAAAAGAUGAUGAGAAAAUCUACAACAGAAACUUAUGUAUCUGACAUUUAUUUAUCUUACAAAAAAAAAUCCAUCACCAAAUAAAAACUACAAACAAAAAAUUGUAUGUGCUGAAGUUCAAUGUCAGGAAGUCAAAAUUUUUUAUUAACUAUCUCAUUGUAAAUAAAUUAAAAGUACUGAAUUGAUUUUUGAAUUAAUCAUUCAAACUGCAUUUUGAAAUAGUGAGUCUUUAUUUUACAAUAAAAAUAUUAACUUCCCCUUGUCUUGGGUGAGCUGUUAUUUCCAUUAUUUCAUAUUUAAUGAAAAUAUUUUCUACAUUAUACUUGUCUAAAACAAAUAUUUUCAUCUCACCACAGAGACAGCAGAAAAACAUCUGUUAGAAUUUACCUUGUCUAUAUAAGAGUCUUUUGUGUAUUACAGAAAUUAGGCCAGAUUCAGAAGUGGUGUCACAUAUCUUUAAUCUCAGCAUUCAGGAAGCAGAGGCAGAUUAUCUCUAAAUCUGAGGUAGCCAUGGCUGCAGAGAGACACAAUGUCUUUAAAAAAAAAUUAAUUAAUAAAUAACAAAAACUACAACCUGGAUCAGUUUCUGAACUAAAUCUCUCAUAAUUCUCACAUAAUGGCAUUGAUUCGUGAUCGAAAGUCUCAUCACUCAGAGAUGAGCAAAUGCCAUAAUUACCACCUCAAGCCAGCAAAGUGGGAUACUUCUCAAGAACGACAGAAACAAAGAUUAGCACUAACUACCAGCCAACCUGGAGAAAAUGGUAUCAUAAGAGGAAGAUCCCCUAUAGAAAAACUCAAAAUAUCUCCAUUGUUCGUUGUUCGAGUCCUUGCUAUAGCCUUGGCAAUUCGAUUCACCCUUAUCACAUUGAUGUGGCUUGCCGUUUUCAUGACUUUAUUGUGCAACAAGGAAGUCCCAGUUUCCUCAAGAGAGAGCUACUGUGGCCCAUGCCCUAACAACUGGAUAUGUCACAGAAACAACUGUUACCAAUUUUUUAAUGAGAACAAAACCUGGAACCAGAGCCAAGCUUCCUGUUUGUCUCAAAAUUCCACCCUUCUGAAGAUAUACAGUAAAGAAGAGCAGGAUUUCUUAAAGCUGGUUAAGUCCUAUCACUGGAUGGGACUAGUCCAGAUCCCAGCAAAUGGCUCCUGGCAGUGGGAAGAUGGCUCCUCUCUCUCAUCCAAUCAGAUAACUCUGGUGGAAAUACCAAACGGAUCCUGUGCUGUCUAUGGCUCAAACUUUAAGGCUUACACAGAAGACUGUGCAAAUCUAAACACAUACAUCUGCAUGAAAAUGGCAAUGUAAAAACUUUCAUUAUCCAUCUCAGCAACAACCAGAACAAGAGAAUUGUCUCGGGAGAAACUGGGACUAAGAAGAAGAGACUGAACAUAAGACAAAAGCAAAACAGCAGGUCUGCACUCUCCACCGAAUGAUUAGUUGAACAUAUUGUGUCCCAUAAAACAAGGGAAGCCUGUGGGGCCAAGGAACCAUGAGACAGGGGAAGAGGGAACGGGAGGACCAAGAGUGUGGUUGAAGCCUAUCCAAACUAGGAAAUCUGGUCCUGCCCUACUGGAGGAGGUCAUGUUGCCCAGUAGCCUCUCAGCACCUGGAAUUCCUCCCAGAUAUCCCCUACUCACUCUCUAAAGGUUUAAAUAGCCCUUUUCCCUAAAUUAAAUGUGAUAUUUUAUUCAAGAUGCCUCCAGAGAGUCUAGACUCUAUUUUUGUAGUGGUCACCAAGGCCUGAGGUCUUUUCACUCCUGGCAGUUCUUGCCUCACUUCCCCUCUCAGUAUCUGCUGUUGUGAUCAUUGGCUGAUCAUGCUUUAAGGAUAUGGGGAAGAAGGCAAGGAGGAGCUUCCAUUUCAAGAUGGAAUCAAAACAGAGGAACUGUGAGAACCGAGGAAUAAAACCCUAUAGCUCACUGGGAGUUUAAUCUCCAGCACUAUGGAAAACUGAUGGCUGGAUAUAGCCACAGCAGGAACCACAGGGAGUGCUGUGCCUGGCAGUGUUGCCAUCUCAGUGACUCAAGAAAGCAGCCUGCUGUCUGGGAGGGACAACAAAGACUGUCUGAGAAAAGUCAAGCAGGACUGCUUUUGGAACUUGACAAUCUCAUGGAACUCACUUUGUUGAUUUUUGUGCUUUCUUGGGAUUCUCCCACUCUUCCAUAUGCUUUCCACUUGAGAUGACAGUGUCUCUUGAAAGCAAGGCACUAUAUUUGAAAGUAUAUAGCUUGUUUCACUUUACAAGUCAGAAAGGUGGUGCUGGAAGGAGUUGUCAGCUCUGUGGUUGUUAGGGUAGAAUGGAUACAGUUUGGAAGUGAGGAGAUGGAUUCCUGGAGCCAUGGGUAUAAGUUAUACACCAAGUGAUUUUGUACCUCCAAGUUUCAUAUUUAAAAUUCAAACUCCAGGUAUUAAUAUGAGGAGACAGGCACUGGAUCAUAAUGUUUUAAAUCAUAAGGAUAAGGGCUUUGUAAGUGGGAUUACAAGAAAUGGAGUUAGUUUUGCCUCUUAAGAAUGCACCCAGGCAGGCAUCUUUCUUCUCUUAGCUAUAAGAGAACACAGGAUAAUUCUGAUAUACAACCUGCACGAUGACCUCAUCAAAAAACAGUAGAUGUGGUUAUCGGUAGCCAUCGAUCCCCAGGCUUCAUAAUUGUGAGAAGUAGAUUUCUGUUGCUUACAGCUUGAUCUGUGGUAUUUUAUAAUAUAAUCCCAAAUAAGCUGAGACCAGAGGGGAAGAUAGCUAGAUAUUAGGUCUUAGUGAAAUUUUUGAAAACAGGGCUGGAGAGGUGGCUCAGAGGUUGAGAACACUAGUAAAGAGGUUAAGACCUGGGUUCACUUCACAGCACCUAUAUGACAACCCAUAACCAGCUGUAACCCCACUUCCAGAGGAUCCAACACCCUCUCUGGUUUCUGUAGUCACCUGCAUGCA